UUACGCCAACUGUGACAUUGAGUUGUUCCAGUCCUGUCAUAGUAAAUGAAGGUGAUGACUUCAAAUGUGUAUGUAGAGGUGAAGGUGGAAACCCUCCAGCCAAUGUAACUUGGUAUAAAGAUGGCGUCCAGAUUGGCGAAACAAGAAAAGAAGAACAAACAUUAACUCUCAGUAAUGUUGAUGGAACAGACAAUGGAACAUACAAGUGUAUGGCCCAAAGCCACAUCAAUGCAACGAAUGAAACAUCAAUCGAACUAGUAGUGAAACUUAAUUGUAAGUACUAGUAUAACCCUAGUCAAGAUAAAAUGUAUUUAAUAGAUCUACUAUUAACUGAGUGUAAAAAUUAGGUGCAAGUAUGUAACGAUUUCAAAAUGAUUAUAAUAUAUUCAUGCAUUAUUCAGCAUAAGCCAUUCAAAGAGGGUCUAGAUGGUCUUUGAAAACAACAUGAAAUUCAUUUGAACAUAUAUAUUUAAAAUCCUCAUGUUUUAGCGAUUUCAAAUAUACAGUAGAUAAAUGGCAGCGGCGAAACGGGGAGGGGGUUACCUUGCUUUGCCUUGCCCCUCCCCCCCAAAAAAAUAAAAAGUGGGGGGCUAAGAUCUGUGACACAGACUAGGCUGGAGUGGCUGACUUCUUUCUUAUAUCAACACAAAUUGAAUUUUAUAUGCGUUAAUUUAACAAAGGACACCCAAAUUUUACAUUUAAUUGAUGUGUUUUAAAACAUAGAAAAUCAGAAAAUGAUCACACCACUUAGCCAAUCAGAAUCCAGUAUUCGUAUGCUCUUUAUCUCAUAAAUUGUCUCAUAGCUCAUAGCAAUUUCAGUGAGUUAAUGUCAUUCAUUAAUAUUCUGCAAAUAUAAAUCUUAGUAAUAGUGGUAAUGAAGCAUUCAACAAAAGAUAAGCAUAUAGCCUUAUUAGUAUUCUCUAUAUAUAGAGCAUCUAUAUACUGAAUAAUAUAAAGAUAUACUUAAUAUCAGUUCAAAGCAGGUUUUCAAGAAUCUUAAAUCUUAAAGUUAUCGCGUAAAAAUGGGAAAAAUCAAGCAUCCUUUUGUCGAUUGAAUCAAAACCAAGUUACUUUCAAGACUUAUGUGUUUUUAAUUGACAAAGCAAGUCAUUAUAUGAGUCUUUCUUUGUCGAAGCAAUUUCCAAUAUUUUUCUAAGGCCAAAAAUCAGUUUCGUUGGUUUUGAUAUGUACCAUAUAGUCUUCUAAAGUGUAUAAAUUUUUAUAUUUAUGACAUGCAUGCUUUUUUAGGUUGGUCGAUACUUGAAACAUUUUAUCAAACUUAAGCAAUGCUUAUAAUCUAUCACAAAAAACAGUUGUCAGUCGCUAUGGUCUCCAAAACAGCGUCAAUUAUUUUAAUUAAUUAACCUAGUGUCUUUGUUUACAAUGCGAUGGUAAAAGUGUAAUUGUAAAAUUUAUUAUUCUUAUCAUGACCCCGUAUGCUAGACUACGAAGUAUUGCGGAGGCUCCCUACACUUUCCAAUGUAUAUCAGUGUUUUAAACUAAAAGCUAUUUGAAUCUAAAAAAGCAAAUUUUUUGCACAAGCCAUUGUUUCCUCUUAUAUAAAAAAAGUAAAUUUAACCCACAAUCGCUACUCUUCAUGUUACCAAGACAACAUGACGUCACCGUCUAUAUUGCCUAUAUCAACCAAAACUGAAGAGGACAAAAAAACGACGGUGACCUCCUACCUUUUUUAUUGCAGAAAAUACAUUGUAAGUUAUGAAUUUUUGAAUCAUUUAUGAACGUUAUUUGAAAAUCGCCAGUGUAGUUUUCGAGAAACUGCGCUUUUCCAAAGGUUAAAAUGCAAUCUAAAGGCUGAAAUUCGGUUUCUCGAAAACUACACUGGUGAUUUUCAAAUACUUUAAAAAAAAGAUUAAAAACUUCAUAACAAUGUAUUUUCUGUAAUAAAAAGGGUAGUUAACCGUGGUUAUUUGUCCGCUAUAAGGCUGCUUUUUUGGUUGAUAUAGGCCAUAUAGAUGGUGAAGAUGGUGACGAAGAGUAGCGAUUGUGGGUUAAAAUUACUCUAACUUUUAUAUAAGAGGAAACAAUGGCUUGUGCUUGUGAGUUUUUUAGAUUCAAAUAACUUUUAGUUUAUAAAACACUAACAUAUAUUGGAAACUGUAGGGAGCCCCCUUAUGUCCGCUAAUUUUUCCGUCGUUCUCAAGAGCACCCCUAGACUUGUAUACAGCCCCAGGCUAGUUCUCAUGCUUCUCAUGCAUGCAGGAAACUAUAUUUCCAGUGCGAAUCGGGAAACAUUGAGACUCGCGAGAAAACAAGACUAUUACUCGAGAAAACAAAACAUUGAGGCUCUCGGGAGAACAAAACUAAAUAUUUCCCUCGGAAGCAGACAUUAAGUGUAUAUUAUUACUUUAUACUAAUUAAUAUUAUUCACAACUAAAAGGAAUUUGUUGCCUAUUUUCAUUCGUAACAAAGAGGAUUUGUUUCUUCUUCACAGUCAAGCCAAAGAACACAAAGAUUACGUUUACGAAGAAUCCCGCUGUUGUUGGUGGAAAUGUUGCCGUAAUGUGUGAAUCUAGUGGUCUUCCUGAACCAAGUUAUAUCAUAUUUCAUAAUGAUACUAAGAUCAGUAAUGAGAAGACGUGUACCAUAGAUGUUGUGCAGUACAGUGAUACUGGAACAUAUAAGUGCAUUGCAUCGAACAAACUUGGAAAUGAUUCAGCUUCCAAGAGUUUAACCGUAGGUAAGAUUAGAUUUUUAACACAUUUUGUUUCGCUCAAUCUACUGUGUCAUGCACGUGCGAAAACACACGUACGUACGUACUAGGGAAUUUUCCUCCCCGUGUUUUUCCAUUCAGGUCUUGCAGUGUAACGUAUCAACAAAAAUAAUCCGCAAUUUUUGGGUGGCAAACAUAUUUUAUUCAAUCGUCUACUAUAUACAGCUAUGUACCAUUAUAACUCCUCAAAGUAUACUCAAAAUAGCGACAACCGCACUCAGUGCCGUCGUUAUGUGUGCUUUUAAUUAGCUACUUUUAAUUUGCCACAAAUACAUGUUGUGACGUCACCUGCAAGAUGGGUAGGGGUAAAACGCGGAAACGGAACCCAACGGACCGACGGAACCGGAAUGGCGGAAACGGAAAAAAGGGUAAAACGCGGAAAAAAGGGUAAAAUGCGGAAAAAAGGGUAAAACGCGGAAAACAAACGUUGAAACCAAACUUUGAUUUUAUUAACAAAAUCAAAUUUAAUCUAAUUAAAUACCAUAAAAGUAAUCAGGUGUUCUUGAACAUAUAUUACAACACUACCUCCAUUUCUAUUUCUAUCUCUAUCUCUUCUAACUAGUUUAUAACCUGGUAUACUUAUUUCAGAGUUGUUUCAACUCCUUGAAAUCAGUUACAGUGUAGACAACAUGUUUCACAAAUCUGUGUUAUUAUUUUUAUAACUUAUUAUUUAAAAAUAUUUAUACACGGUAGCCUUUCACUUGUGUGAUUUUCAAAGGGCCGCGUGUUUUAAAAACUUUUACAACAUUUAAGUAGUAGUAAGAUAUUAUAUUACAAUAUAUACAAGCUAUUAGUAUUACAAAGUUUCAUAAUAAUAUAGCCAGCGUUAUUAUUAUUCGUCUUAUUUAAGCCAGCGUGGCUUCAAUAAUUUGGUUUCAAGUUUUUCCGCGUUUUACCCUUUUUUCCGCGUUUUAUCCUUUUUUCCGUUUCCGCCAUUCCGGUUCCGCCGGUCCGUUGCGUUCCGUUUCCUCGUUUUACACCAACACAGCAAAUAUCAUGAUUAUUAGAUUACACUGAUAUCGAAGGAACUAGACUCAGUUCCGAAAUAUCGCAUACUCGAACCGACCUGACCGCGUAGCUCAGUUGGCAGAGCAUUGGGCUAGUAUUCCGAAGGUCCUAGGUUCGAUUCCCACCGUGGCCAGGCGUAUUUUUCAAGCCUGCCCGGUGUGGAUAUACACUCAGAGUAACAUCACAAGCAUCUUAUUCACCUGAGUACACUACAACAACACAGCAAAUAUCAGGAAGGAAAAUAUUACCGGAUAUUCAGGCACUAUAUGUCACCAGAGGACUGGACUGUAGGUGUAACACGUCUUUGUAUUGGAAAAGGCUACAAAUAUACGCUGCUUUUCCUCAUUGUUAGUAUUUCAUUUGACAGUUUUCUGUUACUGCCCCCCCCCCCCUCCCUCCCACGAUCUUUGGCGGUCAAACAAUUGCUCAAGUUGCCCGAUGUGGAGACACUCAGAGUAAUAUCAGCAAUUUUUUUGUACUCUUUAGGACAAAUCUAUCUUCGACGUGGUGGGAAAAGUUUGACCUUUUUAAAAGAACCAACAGUGAAAAUAAAGUGGUCACUUGAUCCUGUUUUAUUUACGAAUAUAAGUCGGUCUUGGAGUUUCCAAAGUAGUGCUAGUGGCAAAGAUGAAAUUUCACGUGCUGGUGAUAUUACUAUAGUAACCAGGUUAUAUGAGGUUGAUAUAGAAAAACCAGCAACAUUGGUUUUGAAAAAUGUCAAUGGAAGUUAUAAUGGAACAUACAAGUUUACCCUUUACCCAAGAUUACCUGACCCCAGUAUAUCUGAAGUUGUCGUUUUUGUUGCAGGUAAGUUUUUAUUAAUAUAAAGUUUGUUCGUUCACAGCAACCAUGCAGGUAUAUCAAUCAUGUUUUCGCUCGCUGCUCUGGUCAAUAAUUUAAAAAUUUAGGGUUUUCUCAAAAUUCUGGUAUAAAAUAUUGCAUCCGGGCAUGUAUAUGCAUGACCAAUAUGUAGUUAUCGUGACAACAUCUGUUAUCAUUAUCUAUUCACAUGCAUUUAUUCUAGUUCCUGAUUGGUAAAAAAUCCCCGGCUAUAUAAUUCUCAAUUUUCUGUUGCUGUCGUGACAUUUGAGCUGCUGACGAGUAUACUAUAUACAUAGUUCAAACAAUAAUUAUUGCAUGCACACGCACGCUGUAUAUUAUAUAUACAUAUAUAUACAGCCCAACCCUAUAGUGCAGUCGACGGCUUGUAUAUAUAAAAAGUUCGCGAAAUUUUAAAAAUCCGAAACAAAAUUAUUGUAGAUUUUCCUCUUCAAACAAAGACGAAUAUGUAUAUGUAUUUUAUUACGAAAACCUUUGAAUGCUUUUAAACAUUAUACUCCCCUAUCAAGAAUCUACUAUGUUCAUUCUUUUAUUUUCGCAACAGUCAAAUUGAGUGCGACUCUAUAAACCUACAAAAUAACUUUCAAACAGUGAAACUGUACGUGAUUUCAUUACAUUUCAGAGAAACCAAAUGUCAUGGUGAUCAAUUGUCCCAGACGUAUCACAUUAGAUGAAGGUGAAGACCGCACAUGUGUAUGUACAGAACAAGGUGGAAACCCUCCUGCCAAUUUGACUUGGUAUAAAGAUGGAAAACAGAUUGGUGAAGCGACUUAUAGAGAAAAUAGACUAACUCUCACUAGUGUGACUGAACUAGACGUUGGAACAUACAUGUGUGUGGCUCAGAGCUACACUUUAACGGAUGAAGAAUCAAUUGAAGUAAAUGUAACACUUAAUUGUAAGUAUGAUUGACACUCAAGCAUUAUACGGUAUAGUUUCCAAGACUACUAUAGUGUAGCUCUUUACUGCGAAAGGAGUGCAUAGUUUAAAUUGUUCAAAAGCACGAUAAGCACAAGGAAGACAAUAAAAUACAAAAUAACAGUAACUCCGAAUAACAUUUUGAUUUUUAAUCGACGUUUCGACUAGUUUGUAGUCAUCCUCAGGAUUAAUCAUUAUGUUAUUUUGUAUUUUCUUAAAAUACUGAGUGGUUCCCGUAAUUAGAAGACAAUAAGUUAUGCCGGUUUUCACUUAACGAUUUCAAUUUUUGUAUCGAAUUUUAUAUGGCUAGUCUUUGAAGAUGGAAUGUAUAAAAAAUUGUGUCUGAAAAUGCAAGAAAUUAACCUCUGGGGAGACGAAAGUACGAAAAUGUUCUGGAUAAGGACCCCCAUGCAGGUCCCUUGAAAAGUUGUGUCUUAAUUGUCUCCCUUUUCUUUGGUUUCCUUUCCAUUUACCAAUUCGUAAAUUUUCCUGUUUUGGAUUUCCCAUGCAGUACAUGCAGCAGAGAGCUGCACUCAGCGCUCAUACGCUAUAUAUAUAUAUAUAUAUAUAUAUAUAUAUAUAUAUAUAUAUAUAUAUAUAUAUAUAUAUAUAUAUAUAUAUAUAUAUAGGUUAAAUUUGCUUUUUCACAGUCAAACCUGAAAACACGAAGAUUGUGAUUGAACAACAAGGUAAAGUUGGUAAACCGGCUACCAUAACGUGUAAGUCUGAAGGUCUUCCUGAACCAAGUUAUCGCAUAACCCAUGAUG